AGCCUUAUCUGUAAACAACCUACCUGUUUACUACAACAACACGAAGACAAUUACUUUAAUCUGACUUUUUAGAGAAUAUCUCUAAUCUUAAAGCAAUUUAAAUAACAAAUCCAAUAUACACUACUAUUAGCUUGAUUAAUCACUGGCUCGUAAAUUACUUUGAACUGCGUAUAUAAAAACGAUUGUGAAACCUCAAAGCUGCUACUUAAUCCUCGAAUUGCCUUAUGAAACAUGUUUCCUUACAAAUCUGCGUCUCCAUCCUUGAGACAGAAUGAGAGAUCUAUCAAACAAACGUACAGUUCGGAAGUUCCAGUUACUAAAACUACCGGCAAUGAUCUUUCCGAUGAUGAGCUGAAAAAAAUUAGCUCUAUGUCUGAAAAGAUAGAACACUUAGAAGCUGAAAACAAGGUCUUGACGGCAGAAGUUGAAGAGAAGAUAAAGAGCUAUCAAAGAGAAAUGAAAUCCUUACAAACCGAAAAGCUUGAAAUCAGUGAGCAAAAACGGCAUAUUCGGGAAAGAGCAAAAGGCUUGGAAAAGGAAACGUUUAAAUUGGAUUCUGAUAUGGAGGAACAUCGAAUGCUACAAACUGAAAUUCUUGCCGAGCAUGAAAAUUUUCAAUCUAUUACGAACGAAAUCAACCAAUUUUUCAAUAUAUUAGGGCUAAAGGAUUGUCCAACUUACGAAGAGCUUCUUGAAGAGGAAUCUCAACUUGAAAAAGAAUACGAUUCAAUCAACGAAGCAUUGCAGUCGGCUUUACCAAAAUCGAAAUCUUUGCUUAACAUACUAUGUGCUGUUUCUAAUGCCUCACAGAAUAUUCCUGUCGAUGCUAAUGCAGCAUAUCUAUAUCCUUCUUGUUUGUUAAGACCGAAGUCGUUAACCACUCAAGACUCAUUAACUUUAGAACCGAAAGACUUAGAACUGGUUGCAUUUCAUUUAAAAACGCAACAGGAUAUUUUAGAACAGCGGGCUGAACAAAUAGCCUCUAUUAACCAAUUUAUUGAACAUAUCGAAACUUAUUCUACUAAUUUAAGUUCACAGGAUAUCAAAUAUAGGGAAAGCUCAAAGGAUCUGAUGGAUAAAAUACUACUUUUGAAAGCAAACUUGAGUAAAUCAUUGACACUUCUACGCGAGAAAGCGGAUCAAAAAGAACUUUCUAUUCAAAAUAUUUCAAGAGAAAUAGAAAAGUUCUCUUCUGUUCGAAAAGUAGAGCCGAAGGUAGAAAAAUAUCGAAAUGCUUUACGAAAUGUUCGGGAAGUAAAAAAUCGUGAUAACCUUUCGUCUACAAAUUACAAAUACAAUUAUCCGUUGGAUUCAUUGCCUAUUGUUCAAAAAUAUCACGUUUCGCAAGAGCCACUCCUCACCGAACCGGCUGUGCUAGAAUAUCUAACACAAGUGGAUUCAUUUGCUCAUGACGAAAAAGCAAUGAGAGUGAUCAGAGCUAGGUAUUUAAAACUUACCGGUCGCCCAUUAAAGGAAUGGAAUUAUACCAGUCCAAUUUACGGAAGAACUAUAGAAGCUGCUAACUUAAUAAUGCACAAUCCACGCUUUGUUUCGCUUAAGCAUCUUCACGUGACCCUUCGUGAUACAAAUAAUAUAGUUUGGCUUGCUGAGGUUUGGUGCGACGACUAUGUUAGAGGAAUUGGCCAUUCUUUGAAGAAAGGAGAAGCCAUCCAAAUAGCAGCAGAGCAAGCUGCACUUCAAUUUAGGGAUAUAACUAGCGAGGACCUAUUAGUUAUGGGGCAGCGACAUUCUACCGUCGUACAGGAUUUAUUCCUUGGACAUCCACUAAGUCUUUCCUCGAUAAAUUAAGAGACUAACAAACUGAAAAGUUUAUAUAUUACACAUUUACGGUUAAUCUGUUUUCCACCAUCGCCCUUAAUUUUAUUCUAAUUAUCUAUCCAAUUGCAUAAAUUAAUCAGUUUGCUAAUUCGCUAUUAAUAACCUUCUCGACCAGGACCAAACGAACAUAAGGCAGGUAAAAUGCUGUUAACUUUUAACAGCAUCUCUUCGUAUUCACCUAAUGGAGUACUUAAGACGGUUACCGCACCACCAGCCCCUAUUCUCCAAAGAUUAUCUUCAUCGUAUUUAAAAGCUGAUCGAAUUACCACGUUAAAUUCUGAUGAUCCAGUAACGUCCCAGUAUCCUAGAGUUCCAGAGUAUAUCCCACGACCAUGAGGUUCCAAUUCCUCAAGCAUUCGAACCGUUCUUAACUUAGGAGCACCUGUCAUGGAUCCGGGAGGGAAACACUUCGCUAAAACAUCCCACGCGGUUACAGAUUUGUCUACCUGGCCGUAAAUAUGCGAAAGAAGGGAGUAAACAGUUGGAUGCUCUUCAACUUGAUAUAGUUGAGGAACUUCAACUGAACCUUUCUUCGCCAAUUGAUGUAAAUCAUUUCGAAUGAGAUCUAUAAUCAUAUUCAAUUCUGCUGUGUCCUUGGGAUUUAAUAAUUUACUUCUUGCUUCUUCGUAGGUCAUUUGUGGACCUUUUUUU